AUGCAAAGUAUGGCAAAUGAAAAUACUAAUAAUUUAAUCGACGAUUUCGCUAUCAUCUGGUUAGAUAAUGGUAUUGAAAAGACUAAAGGUAAUCGAGAUACCAAAGUAUUUAUACGACAACUAGUUAAACAUCGUUUAUUAACAUAUGAUGAUCCGGAUAAAUGUAUUGAUGAUAUAACUGAUGGAUCAAUAAAACGAGUAUUUCUUAUUGUUUCUAAUGCUUUUGGUCCAAAUGUCAUACCAGUUAUACAUGAAAUAUCAUAUAUACAAGCGAUAUACGUAUUUUGUGGUGAUCAACAAAAAGCUCAAGCAUGGGCUGGACCAUAUUCAAAAAUUUCUGGGAUAUUCACAAAAAGACCAGCAUUAUUACAAAAAAUUCGUAAUGAUAUUAGUGCAUAUAAUACAGAUGAAGAUUUACCAAUGAGUGUAUUUCAUCUUGCUGAACGAGAAAAUACAUUACAAGAAUUAACUGAAGAAAGUGCAACAUUUAUGUGGUAUCAAUCAAUAAUGAUUGUUCUUCGAUUAAUGGCACUAUAUGGUAAUGCAAAAACUGAUAUGAUUGCUGAAUGUCGAAAAAUUUAUCAUAAUAAUGAAUCCGUACAAAAAAGUAUAGAUAAUUUCGAAAAAUAUUAUUGUCCAAUAAAAGCGUUUGAGUGGUAUACAUGUGAUAGUUUUGUAUAUCGAUUAUUAAACAAAGCUUUACGUACACAAGAUAUUGAUAUUAUAUUUAAAUUUCGAUUUUUUAUUAAUGAUCUUCAUAAUCAAAUCGAAGAACUUCAUCAUCGAUAUUUAGAUACCCUUGAUUCUACUAUGAAUCAUCAAUUAACAGUUUAUCGUGGUCAACUUUUAAGUCUAACAGAGCUUAAUGUACUUAAACGUAGUGUAAAUGGACUUAUCUCAAUGAAUAGUUUUUUAAGUACUACAUUAAAUCAAGAAUUAGCUAAAGUUUUUGCUGAUACAGGUGAUACAUCAAAUAAACCAUCAUCAUUACAAUCUGUUCUUUUCAUUAUUGAUAUAAAUAGUAUGAGUAAAGAAACAACACCGUUUGCAAUACUUAAACAGUUCUGGUGUUGUCAAGGUGAUGAAGACGAAGUACUGUUUUCAAUAGGUGCUAUUUUUAAAAUUCAAUCAGUUAAACAACAUGAGAACAUGUGGCAUGUUCGUCUACAAUUAAGUAAAGAACAAAACGAUCUUAGUCAAAGCCUUUCAAAACACAUGCUGCAACAGAUUGGAUCUGAACCAGAUCCAGUGUGUUUCGGUUGGUUUCUUUAUCGAAUGAGUGAAUUUAACAAAGCCGAACGUUAUGUGGAAUAUAUACUUAAAGAGCUUCCACAGAAUGAUAAAGCAAUCGGAAAUGCUUACAACUUACUUGGUCUUAUAUGUAAAAAUGCUCAUAAGUUACAGGAAUCUGUUACAAAUUAUAAAAAAGCACUUACGAUUUAUUCUCAAGUGAACUGUCAUAAUAGUCCUCAAGUUAUAGCUACUCAUUGUAAUCUUGGUUUGGCAUUUUUGGCAUUAGGAGAUAUUCAAAAUGCAGAAGAACAACAAUUACAAGCCGAACAGAAGCUGCUCACUUCCCAACAAUUAAAGAAUUCAUUAGUCAUAACUUCACUGAGGAGUCUCAAAGCACAAGUUCAAGCAGCAUAUGGUAAUAAUGAAGUUGCUUUGCAAGAGCUUAAAUUGGUUUUAGAGACCAAAAAGAAGAAAUUACCAGCAAAUCAUUUUUCAAUAGCAUCAACAUUGAAUGUAAUAGGUAUUGUUCAAGAAAAAAUGGACCAUAAUGUAGAAGCACUUGAAUCUUUUCAACAAGCAUUAGAAAUUGGUAAGAAAAGCUUACCACCCGAACACAUGGAUUUAGCUGAGUAUCAUACGAAUAUUGGUCGUAUUUAUGAUAAACAAAAACAAUUUAAACUUGCUUUGGAACAAUUUGAAUUAGCAAUACACAUUUUGGAAAAUUAUCGAGAAGAAGAACAUGAUAAGAUUACCGAACUACAUAGACAAAUCGUUCACAUAAGGGUACAUUGUAUCAAUGAGCAAUCUUCUGAUGAAAAUUUUUCCUUUUCAAGCGGUUUUCGUAAUCGUUUUCACACUUAUUUUCAUGACAUUAGAACGAAAAUUCAUAAUAAAAACAAAUAA